AUAAUUCUUUACAAUCUUUACAAGAAUUCUUGCUGCUCAACUAUAGCCAAGAUGAAUUACAAGAGUAUUUAAUAAAUGUUGAGGACAUGAUUUCAUCAGAUGAUGAAAAAGAACAUGACAAUGAUUCCAUGUUCAACUUAGAGCAAAGCCUAUAUGAUAACAAGAAAACUGGCGAUGACUAUACUGAAAAGAUUCCUGCGAUUAAGACAAAACAAACUACACCAUGCGUCAUAAUCGAUAAUUAUUAUGGAGAAAUACGACACUGUAAUAGAGAAUCUGCUAAGGAAUUGCGAGAAUUAAUCAGUGUUUGGGAAAUUGAUAAAGAUACU